AUGGAUUCAUUGGUACCCGACACCCGAGUUCUGGCGAUAGCCAGUCAUGUAGUUUAUGGCCAUGUCGGAAACACAAUGGCAACAUUCGUCAUGCAAUCGCUGGGCUGCGAGGUCGCCGCCUUAAACACCGUCCAUUUCAGUAAUCACACGGGCUACCGUCAAUUUAAAGGAACUCGUGCCACCGCACAGGAAAUCUCAGACCUCUACCAGGGUCUUUGCCAGAGUAACCUCACAGACUUCGAUGUCAUGCUCUCGGGCUAUGCCCCGAGUGCGGCUGCCGUGGAAUCAGUAGGCACUAUCGGCAUUGACCUGCAACAGAAAGCAGAACAGAAACCCGGAUCAUUUUUCUGGGUCCUGGACCCAGUCAUGGGCGAUCAAGGCCGUCUAUAUGUCAACGACGACGUAGUCCCAGCAUAUAAGAAAAUCAUCCCAUUUGCGGAUUUGAUUCUGCCUAACCAGUUCGAAGCUGAGACUCUCUCUGGCAUCAAAAUCACUUCGCCGGCCACUCUCGCCUCGGCCAUCACGGCUAUCCAUAGGAUCUACUCGGUGCCGCAUGUGAUCAUCACCUCGGUGCAACUCUUCAAGCUCUCCCAAUCAGGAUCAACCCCACCACCGCCAGAGAACUUCCUCACAGUAAUUGGUUCUACGACGCGCUCAGAUGGGUCACCGCGACUCUUCCGCGUCGAUGUGCCAGCUCUGGACUGCUUCUUCAGCGGGACGGGCGACAUGUUCGCAGCGCUGACCGUUGCACGACUAAGCGAAGCCGUGUCAGCGGUAGAUGGCCUCCGCACGACCAAGUCGUGGGUAUCACCCGAUAACGUUGCGGCAACGGACCUGCCACUAGCAAAAGCAACUGUCAAGGUCCUUUCCAGUAUGCAUAGUGUUCUGGAACGGACAUUGGAGAUUCGUGAUGCAGAGCUGGCAGUUGCUGUACCCGCGCGAGAUGGAGAAGCGACGGCAGAGGAAUUGGAGAAGCGGGAUUAUCUGCGCAUGACUAAAGCUGCCGAGGUCAGGCUUGUGAGGAAUACGCACUUUUUGCGGGAUCCCAAGAUCCAGUUUGAAGCGCAGGAUUGGAAGAAGGAGGAUCUUCCCAAGGACUUGCGAUAG